AUGCACUCAGAGAUUGCUCCAAGGUUCUUGGCGCUCCUGCUGCCUGUCCUGCUGCUGCUCCUGGCUGCCCCGCCUGUGGUUAGCAAGGGCUGUGUCUGCAAAGGCAAAGGGCAAUGCCUCUGCGUGGGGACCAAAGGGGAGAAGGGGGAGAAAGGCUUUCCUGGGCCCCCUGGAUCUCCUGGCCAGAAAGGAUUUCCAGGACCUGAAGGCUUGCCUGGACCACAGGGACCCAAGGGAAUAACUGGAUUACCAGGGUUUGCAGGUCCUCCUGGACUUCCAGGAAUCCCAGGCCACCCUGGGCCUCGUGGGCUGGCUGGUUUACCAGGAUGCAAUGGUUCUAAGGGUGAACAAGGAUUCCCAGGCAUUCCGGGUACACCAGGCUAUGCAGGACUCCCAGGUCCUGAUGGCUUGAAAGGACAAAAGGGUGAGCCCGCUCAAGGAGAAGACGGGGAAUUCUAUGGAAAAGGUGACCCUGGGCCUCCAGGGGCUCCAGGCUUCCAGGGUUUUCCAGGACCCCCAGGUUUUCCAGGGCCUGCCGGUCCACCAGGACCUCCGGGAUUUUUUGGCUUGCCAGGAGCAAUGGGACCCAGAGGACCCAAAGGUCUCAUGGGCGAUAACAUGAUAGGACAAAAAGGAGAAAGGGUAUGUUUUAGUGGCUCAGAAGGUCUGAGCCCCCCAGUGCAUUUACCUCGGGUUUAUUCACUGGCCAUCCUUGAACUGUAUUUAUAACAGGACUUCAAGGGAGAGAAAGGAGAUGAAGGAGAGAGGGGUGAACCUGGACCUCCUGGACCAUCGGGGCCACCUGGAGACUCCUAUGGAUCAGAAAAGGGUGCUCCUGGAGAGCCUGGUCCUCGGGGAAAACCUGGAAAAGAUGGUGCCCCUGGCUUCCCCGGCACUGAGGGAGCCAAAGGCAACAGGGGCUUUCCUGGGUUGAGGGGUGAAGCCGGCUUUAAGGGAUGGAAAGGAGACAUUGGACCCCCAGGAUUUCCUGGUCCAGUAAAAUAUUAUGAUGCAUACCUGGAAAAGGGGGAGAAAGGAAUGCCAGGCCCGCCUGGGCCCAAAGGCGCUCGUGGCCCACAGGGUCCAAGUGGUCCCCCUGGAGUUCCUGGAAGUCCUGGACUGUCAAGGCCUGGCCUCAGAGGACCCACCGGAUGGCCAGGCUUGAAAGGGAGUAAAGGGGAGAGAGGACCCCCUGGAAAAGACACUAUGGGCCCUCCUGGACCCCUAGGAUGUCCUGGCUCACCAGGUCCACCAGGCCCACCAGGACCUCCAGGACGUCCAGGUGACAUUGUUUUUCAGCCAGGUCCACCUGGUGACCAUGGAGCACCAGGCAAUAUAGGACCUCCAGGAGUUCCAGGAGAUGAUGGACCCAAAGGAGAACCAGGCAGUCCAUGCACCGAGUGCCACUGCUUCCCAGGGCCCCCUGGAGUCCCAGGAUCUCCAGGAUUAGAUGGUGUCAAAGGAAUCCCAGGAGGACGAGGCUCGCCUGGUAUGAAGGGAAACCCAGGGUCCCCAGGAAGUGCAGGUCUCCCAGGAUUUGCAGGAUUCCCAGGCGACCAAGGGCAUCCAGGACUUAAAGGGGACAAAGGGGACACACCUCUACCCUGGGGACAAGUGGGUGAUCCAGGUGAUCCUGGACUCAGAGGCCUGCCUGGGAGAAAGGGCUUCAAUGGAAUACCUGGAGGUCCAGGAGCGAAAGGACCACCAGGACCUAGGGGUGAACCGGCCCUGAGUGGAAGGAAAGGGGACCAGGGACCUCAAGGAGCUCCUGGAUCCCCUGGACCCCCGGGACCUACAGGACCAGCUGGACCACCGGGCUAUGGACCCCAAGGAGAGCCAGGUCCAAAGGGAGCCCAAGGAGUCCCUGGAGCCCUGGGACCACCCGGAGAAGCCGGUCUUAAAGGAGAACCCAGUACAUCAAUUCCAGUUCUAGGUCCUCCAGGCCCUCCAGGGCCCCCUGGUCAGGCUGGCCCCAGAGGUCUACCUGGUUUGCCUGGACCUGUGGGAAAAUGUGAUCCUGGUCUUCCUGGACCUGAUGGUGAACCAGGAAUUCCAGAAGUUGGAUUCCCAGGGCCUCCAGGACCUAAGGGAGAUCAAGGUUUCCCAGGAACAAAAGGAUCACCUGGUUGUCCUGGGGAAACAGGAAAGCCUGGCCUUCCCGGGAAGCCAGGCAUCCCAGGAGCCAAGGGAGAACCAUCAGUAGGCAGGCCUGGGGAACCAGGAAAACCAGGCUUUCCAGGAGAAAGAGGCAGUUCUGGGGAAAAUGGAGAUAUUGGACUCCCUGGGCUCCCAGGCCUCCCUGGAUCUCCAGGAAGAGAUGGGCUUGAUGGUCCUCCAGGAGACCCAGGACAGUCUGGACCACCUGGAGCCAAAGGACUCCCAGGGAGGUGCAUGCCAGGACCCAGGGGCACCCAAGGACUUCCAGGCUUAAAUGGAUUAAAAGGGCAACCAGGUAGAAGAGGUGAUACUGGGCCAAAGGGAGACCCUGGCAUCCCAGGCAUGGACAGGUCUGGAGUCCCUGGUGAGCCUGGACCACCAGGAGCACCAGGUCAUCCGGGUGAGAUGGGGCCACCUGGCCAAAAAGGAUAUCGAGGACCUCCAGGAUUCCAACCACUACCAGGUGAGAAAGGAGAGGUUGGAAUGAUGGGCUAUCCUGGAACUACUGGCCCUCCGGGGCUUCCUGGGAAACCAGGCUCACAGGGGCAGAAAGGUAGCCUCGGAAUCCCAGGAAUAAAAGGGGAAAGAGGGCGCCCAGGAACCAAAGGCGAGCGAGGGGAGAAGGGAAAGCCUGGGCCUUCCCAAGCACCACAGUUAAAGGGGGACAAAGGAGAGCCUGGACUUAAAGGAUUUGUAGGAAAUCCAGGUGAAAAAGGAAACAGAGGCAAUCCAGGGUUACCAGGUCCGAAAGGCCUCGAGGGAUUGCCUGGGCUACCAGGCCCUCCAGGCCCUAGAGGAGAUCCAGGGAGCAGUGGAAAUCCUGGAAGACCAGGACCACAAGGCAUGCCAGGAAGCAUGGGGAACAUGGGGGUGCCAGGUCCUAAAGGGAGAAAAGGAACUUCAGGACUUCCAGGUCUAGCUGGAAGACCAGGUGUGCCAGGGAUCCAUGGUCCCCAAGGAGAUAAGGGGGAGCCAGGUUAUUCAGAAGGUGCAAGGCCAGGACCACCAGGACCAAAGGGCGAUCCAGGAUUGCCAGGUGAAAAAGGAAAGAAAGGAGAAAGAGGCCUACCUGGGCCACCUGGACAGUCGGGGCCUGCUGGACCUGAUGGAGCCCCAGGAAGUCCUGGGAGUCCUGGCCACCCAGGUGAACCAGGUCCUGCUGGUGAUUUGGGUCUUAAAGGACAGAAAGGCUUCCCAGGCCCUCCAGGAAGCACUGGCCCUCCAGGCCCUCCAGGACUCCCAGGGCUUCCUGGGCCAAUGGGUAUGAGAGGUGACCAAGGACGUGAUGGAAUUCCUGGUCCUCCAGGAGAAAAGGGAGAAACAGGCUUGCUGGGGGGCUAUCCAGGCCCAAAAGGGAGCCCUGGUGUACCAGGUGUCAAAGGAGACAGGGGAGUUCCAGGCUUUUCUGGCCUUCCUGGCAGGAAGGGAGACAUGGGGGAUGUUGGACCUCAAGGACCCCCAGGCGCUACUGGACUCCCAGGACCACCAGGUCUACCUGGGGCAAUUGUGCCCGGCCAGAAAGGAAACAGAGGUCUCCCAGGCUUAAGAGGAAAUCCAGGUGAACCAGGUCCCCCUGGACCUCCAGGACCUAUCGGGAAAGGCAUAAAAGGUGACAAAGGAUUUAUGGGCCUACCUGGCCCCAAAGGUCUGCCUGGAACUGUAGGGGACAUGGGCCCACCAGGUCACCCGGGAGCACCAGGUACCCCCGGUCUUCCCGGAGUCAGAGGUGAUCCAGGAUUCCCCGGGUUUCCAGGCAUAAAAGGAGAGAAGGGUAAUCCAGGAUUUCUUGGGUCAACUGGACAUCCAGGACCAGUUGGGCCACAAGGACCACCAGGUCCACGUGGAAAACCUGGCACACUUAAGGUCAUCUCCCUUCCCGGAAGCCCAGGGCCACCUGGUGCACCCGGACAGCCAGGAAUGAAAGGAGACCCUGGACCCCUGGGACCACCAGGAAUUCCAGGACCCUGUGGGCCAAGAGGUAAACCAGGCAAGGAUGGGAAACCAGGAACUCCAGGACCAGCUGGUCAAAAGGGCAACAAGGGCUCAAAAGGACAGCAAGGCCCACCUGGUCUGGAUGGAUUGCCAGGUUUAAAGGGAAAGCCUGGAGACAGGGGAACACCUGCCACUGGGACAAGACUUCAAGGCUUCAUCUUCACCCGACACAGUCAAACCACGGCCAAUCCUUCAUGUCCUGAAGGAACACAGCCACUCUAUAGUGGGUUUUCUCUUCUUUUUGUACAAGGAAAUGAACGGGCACAUGGACAAGACCUUGGUACUCUGGGCAGCUGCCUGCAGCGAUUCACCACAAUGCCAUUCUUAUUCUGUAACAUCAAUAAUGUAUGUAACUUUGCAUCACGGAAUGAUUAUUCAUACUGGCUGUCAACACCAGCUCUGAUGCCAAUGGACAUGGCUCCAAUUACUGGCAGAGCUCUCGAACCCUAUAUUAGCAGAUGUACUGUCUGUGAAGGUCCUGCAAUGGCCAUAGCUGUUCACAGUCAAACUACGGCUAUCCCUCCAUGUCCCCAGGGCUGGGUUUCUCUCUGGAAAGGUUUUUCCUUCGUUAUGUUCACAAGUGCAGGCUCUGAGGGUGCUGGACAGGCACUUGCCUCGCCUGGCUCCUGCCUGGAAGAAUUCCGAGCCAGUCCGUUUAUAGAAUGCCAUGGACGAGGGACAUGUAACUACUACUCAAACUCCUACAGUUUCUGGCUGGCUUCACUAAACCCAGAAAGAAUGUUCAGAAAACCUAUUCCAUCAACUGUGAAAGCUGGAGACUUAGAGAAAAUCAUAAGCCGCUGUCAGGUGUGCAUGAAGAAAAGACAUUGACGAAAUCAAAGAAACUAGAACCGCUUUUUGUUCCUUCUUAAGUAACAAAGUCAUGACUUAGAAUGUGCAUCUACUUAGGUCUUUCUCUCUAACCUUAAAGAUGUGGUAGUCCAAAGUUUCACCACAUGAGAAAGCAUUUCACUCAAGAUAGUCUGUGAUGUGGGUCUCUAAACCUGUAGGUUUCAAAGUCCCCUGUGGAAAGGCAACAGGUUUCCACAGAAUAUCACUGAAGUCACAUUCCAGUUGUACCAAAGCGCUGACUAAAUGAUGAUUGUGUGGAACUUGAACUACAAGCUAAGGGAGGUCUGGUCCUGUGGAUCCACAAAGUGUUUCUUGUCUCCCACUCCUGAGAGAGCAAGUGUGCUUCCUUCCACCUCCUCCCUGAGACCUUAGACUUCAGCUAGAGAAGGAGAUGGGGGCAUACAGAAAUUAAGCACACCAUGAAAAGAACUGGAGGGUCGGAGCUGUUGAGUGAUAUAAGGGCAAAUAACACAGGAUAAAUGAGCCCCUUGAUGUUCCAGGACUCAUUUAAAUAUGCCCAAAGCUAGGACCAAAGGAAACUUCCUGCAGGGAAUCAUAACAGGCUUGGAAACAGUAUAGUUUUGUUUUCUGUUUUGUUGACUAUGUCUAUUUGCUUGCUCACUGAGCUCUUUUUACUAUGUUAAUAGAUUCAAAAUGGGUAAAACCGUUACCUUUAGGGAACUAAUUUUUACUGGAUGUCAUACACAUACACUGAAACAUUUCUCUUCAUUGUUUUCAAUGUACUCACAAGCAACAAGGACACUACUUACUAAAUGUGCACUUUAUCCUCACUUCUAUAAACACUGACCUUAAAUUAUUUCACCAGGGAAAAUAUGUGAGACAUUUGCUGGUUUAUCAGAUCCAAAACCUUUUUCUUUGCUCCAAAUAGUUCAUAACAUGGAUUUACAGAUUUGUUCCUCUGUUAGUUUUUUUUUUAACUUUUCCUUUAGAAAACACACACGUACCCCAUGUUUUUUAUGUUAUAUAUUCUUACCAACCAUGUGGAGAGAGACCACUGUGUACUGUACUGCACACAGCUGCUAUCCUGUCUUAAAACGUGUUUUUAAAUAUGUAGAUACAUUCCCAAGUUACUUAAUUCAGCUUAACAAGUUAUUUUCUCCAGUACCAAACUAUGUCCCACAUACUGUAGUGGGGAGGAGGUACAUGGGGUAGUGAAAGAGACUUGCUUCUGAUCUAACCUCAAAGGCAACAAAUUUUCUGUGUAAAGACUCUCCACACUGCUACUGGUUCACAGAAGCCUGUUCCAGAUGAUCCGACAUCCACAUCUGGCCUCUACAUCCACUCUCAGCCAGAUACAAAAAAGUUCUAAAAUUUUUAAAGUAAGAUCUAUGCCCAGGCUAAGUUCAAAACCUCUAACUUCUCUUAGGUACCCCAAAAGCAAAAGUCUGAAAAAUAUUAAGAAAUCAGGCACUUUUUAAUAAUCAAAUAGUGUAAUACUAUCUGAUGACUCACAGAGGCAUUGUGAGGCAAAGCUUUGAGUGUAUUUCUUGAACCACUGAAGUGGACGUGAUGGUGCUGAUACUUAAGUUCAGACUGGUGCUGUAAGCUCAACUGCUUUGUAUUGAAAAAUGUUACCCAAGAGCACAGACAAGGGUUGACAUUCUUCACCAUUCAUGUGACUGCUACAAGACAUUUUUACACCUGAGCUGAGACAUGCAACAUCUCAUUACAAGUAUGUAUUUCAGCUAACAUUUCUGUUUGAAAAAUAUCCUACUGUCCCACAUACAUUCCAGUAGUGAAUUAUGAACUAAUCUCCUUGGCCAGUGUGAUCCUGAGUAGGAGCAGCAGCUGUAGCAUCCAGGGACUUGUCAUAAAUGCCCAUUCUAGAGCAUUCUAAACCUACAAAAUUCAAAACUGUAAUUAGACAACAGAAAUCUGUAUUUUGUUUCAAUGAGAAGCAUCUCUUAGCAUAGCCCAGGCUGACUCCCAAAUCACCACAAUUGUUCUGACUCAGCCACCCAGAAUUUUGUUUUAAAAGUUUUCAUCAUCCUCUGGCAUUCUCCACUAGCUAGGCACACACCCAAGAAACUGGCCACAAACCUUUCACCUUUGCCUCUUUUAAAAACUCACUGGUAACUUUCAGGGUAAUCUAUUUCACUACCAGACUGGUGCUGAUAUCAAACAGCUGCCCUUCAUUUGCCGCUAGGCCUCUUUCUUCUCCUGUCCUCUUAUCAGUAUUUAAGACAGGUAAUACUGAACACCUAAAGCCCAAAGAAGCCAUAUCAACUCAGUCAUUUGUACUUCUAAGAGUGAGCAGUAACAUGCGGCCCAGGUAUAUUACUUCUCAGAUGUUUAUGAGUAAAUUAUAAAUUUAAAAUUCAACUUCAUAUAUGGCUGGAGAAAUGGUUCAGUAGUUAAGAAUGCUGUCUGGUCUGCAGAGGACCCAAGUACAGUUCCCAAUACCCAGGUCAGGCAGGUCAGAACUGCUCCAAGAGAUCCAGCUGGCCUCCAGGGGGCACCCACACACAGGUGGCAUUCACUAGCACAGGCGCUGCCACAUAAAUAAAAACAAAUCUUUAAACAUUUUUAACUGAUUAACAAAACGUUUGUUUCAAAUUUGGUGCUUCAACUUUGGAAUUUCACAGUGUGCUAAAACAACCAACUUGUCAACUGUUUUAUUUUUCGAGAUAAAACAUUAUUAAUUUAUUUAUAGAAGUAUUAAGAAUGU